AUGCCCAGCACACUUAGUGUCUCAGCUAAGAUAUACCGCUACCCCGACAGCUCGUCCUCUGACCCGUCGGACGACGACGUAAUUGGCCCCUCUGGCGCGUCCCAGACAGCCCAGGCCAUGCCGGUCAUGGACGACGGUUCCUCGGACGACAGCGAGGAGGAGGAGGAGGAGGAGGACAAUCACGACGUCAAAGCCAUCGCCGUCGACUUUGAAGUCGACUCGUCCAACAUCAAGAGCCUGAAGAUGUUUGACGAUACUCUUACUCCUGCACAGGAAAUGCAAGCCAAGGUCGACCGCGAGGCGGCUGAGGCUUAUUUUAAAGUGUUUGUGGAGGAAAGGUUUGGCAUCAUCAUCUCUCAGCCCAACAACGCCACCCUCGUCGCCAUGGCCCUCCUGGGUGCAAAGCGUACCAAGGAGUUCAUGGCAAAGGACAGUCUGGGUCUCCUUGCGGUCGACGACGGCCUACUCGCAAAGACGUUCGCGUUCACCUCCAGUCUCGGAGACGUCGCCCUUGAGGACACGGAUGACGAGGUUUUGUCCAAGCUCUCCGACGUCAUGGUCGACGACACGGGCAUCGGCGACCGCACUCUCCAAUACUUUGACAAGGCUCUUGUCAUCUCCAUCGCCUCGUCGCCAAAGCCUCUCCAAGAGGCCUGGUCCAACUUUGCGGACGGCACGACUGACCGUCUGGUACUCGGCGCCGCCUUUGACACCGUACCUGCGGCAAGCGGCUCCAACGCUGUGGGCUUGUACGCCCGUCGUCCCCGUCUCAGCCAGAGCGCCAGUUUCAAAAAGCUCAAGACGAGCAAGAGUCUUAACAAGCCCUAUUUUGGAAACGCCAAGCACGUCGGCCAACGCCAGUACGACCACCGUUUGAAGGGUGUUAACCGGAAGGUCUGCGAGGCCAUGGAGGCUGCCGUGACUUUUGACGAGAAGCUGAUGGCUUCAUUUGGCAUCGGCCGGCCUGCAGCCGCUCACAUUGGCGCUGCGAGCUUGACCCUCGCCGACGGCUGGAAUGUCAACUUGCCGGACUAUGCCCCGGCUCGCGCGCCACCGGCCCGCCUCGACGACAAGACGUAUGUCAACAUGCUCGUUAGAAUCAGGAAAGCACUUCACCAAGAGCUGGAGAUCUCAAAACGCGAGUUUGUUGGUGGCAAGGCGCUCAAGCUCCCGCCUUUCAAGUCGGGAAACUAUUACGAGCCCGGCUGGAAGGACGGUCGCGCCUUUAUCAAGCGCUUUACAACUUUGGUGAAAGGAGGCAGGGGAGGAAAGGUUGGACCGGGAGAAGUCACUUACCAGAUGGUAAGGCGCGACCUCCUAACGCGUGUCCCGGUCGUCGGUAACGACAAGAAGGUCAAGCUGGCGUCUCGCUUCCCGGAACUGCGCAAAGUGCAGCUCGAAUUCCCCAUCCCCGACUCUGCCUUCUUCCCCCCCAACUGGAACAAGGACUACUCCACGGUCACGUUCCAUCUUCCGAGCUGGCAGGUACACGCCGCCCCCAACAAUGACACCCCCAACACCACCAUUCCAGCCUCUACCGCCUCCUCAACCACCGCGUCCACCACCGCGUCCACCUCCGUGCCCGCUGCGCCCAGCCCUGUUCCGACCAACCUUGCGGGCGUGACCGAGAUGAUGCGCGCCCUCUCCCUCUCGGUCAUCGAGGCCAGGGGUGAUUCGAAUAAUCGUUGA